UGCUUAUGUGCCUCAUCGCUUGUCGGGUGCCGGGAAGACAACAGCUCAGCCAGCUUUUAUUGUUAAAAAAAAAUUAAGUGUUGAUACAGCCUCUCUCGCCGCGCCGUUUUUCUGUGUUCCACGCCGUCUAUACCCCCAAGAUGACCCCGGAGAAGAGACCAGCAGAGGACGAAGAGGAGCAGGAGACCAAGAAACUGAAAGAAGAUCCGCCGCUAUCGGCUAACGAGGGAUCUGCAGAAGCAUCGCUCCUGCAAGAUGACACCAGUCAGGACAGUGUCGCCUCCGAUUCGGCUUCCUCUUCGGAUCCAGAGAAGAAGAGGCUCAGUAUACCUGAAGAACGUGGAACUGUUCUCUUCACUGGAUGUGCUCAGUGGGAAUACAUAGGCAGAAGAAAUCUGAACAGUGUUCCAUCUUUGAUUCACUUUGUUCCUAAACACAUUUCAACAUUUAAAGGGAUAAAAGUUGCCUUUGUUGCAUCACACUGUACAGCUGCUCAUUCUGUUAUUAUAACAGAGGAGGGAAAGGCAUUUACUGUUGGUCGUAAUGAAAAAGGUCAGUUGGGAGUUGGUGAUUCUGAAAAUCGUGCAGGAAUAGUUCCUGUUGACAGUCUCUCAGAUUUCACAAUAGUGCAGGCAGCAGUUGGCCGCAAUCACACGCUCUUUUUAACUGAUCGAGGAACUGUAUUUGCUUGUGGUGACAAUAAGUCUGGUCAGUGUGGUACGGGAAACACUAUUGCCGUUAUCAAUGUUCCAUGCAGGAUAAGCUUUAAAGAAUCAAGAAUCACAAAGGUAGCAUGUGGAGGAGAGUUCAGCAUGAUUGUUGAUAAAAAAGGUUACCUUUAUUCCUUUGGGUUACCUGAAUAUGGUCAACUUGGGCAUAAUACAGAUGGUAAAUUUUUCCUGACCAGCAACAAGCUUGCAUUCCAGCAUGAAAGAACACCAAGAAGAGUUCCAAUCUUUGUAGAACGCAGUAAAGAUGGUCACCCCACCCCUGUUACAGAUGUACAAAUUGUGGAUGUUGCUUGUGGCUCUAAUCAUACAGUUGCAAUUGAUGCUAAGAAGAGGGCAUUUUCAUGGGGCUUUGGUGGUUAUGGAAGAUUAGGUCAUGCCGAGCCUAAAGAUGAGUAUGUACCACGUUUGAUAAAAUACUUUGAUGGCCAUAAUCGUGGUGUAACCAAAAUUUAUUGUGGCUCCACAUACACAAUUGGAAUCAGUCUUUUGGGUCCUUUCUUGUGGGGCCAGACAAAGCGCACUGGAGAAGCUAAUAUGUAUCCUAAACCCUUGCAAGACCUUUGUGGUUGGGAUAUUCGGUCAGUAGGUUGUUCAACUACCUCAAUAGUUGUUGCUGCAGAUGAAAGUGUAAUAGCUUGGGGUCCCUCGCCUACAUAUGGAGAACUGGGUCUUGGAGAAAAUGUCAAAUCUAGUACUCAGCCAAAAGAAGUCAAGUCCUUGGAAGGUGCUCAUGUUUAUCAAGUCACAUGUGGGAUGGGUCACACUAUGUUAUUGGUGCGAGAUGAAACUGAAAAGGAUAAAGAAAUCCUGUCCAAGUUGAAGGAGGUCACCUUGUAAGCCAUUUUUGUGGUGCCAUUGGUAAUGGUAGUGACUCCACUCAAGAGAAAGUUAAGUGUUCAAAUUGUCUUAAGUAAUGGGUAGAUACUAGUGUUAUCUAUGCAUGGCGGCAAUCACCUUUUUUGACAAUUCCAAAGUGAAAUGUUUACCAAAAAUAGAGUAUUUCUAAUGCUUAAGAGUUUCCUUUUGAUUAAUCUGACUAAUGUGGAACUUAUGAUAGUCAGAACUAACUUUUCCAGUUUUAUACUGUAGGAUGUUCUUUGAUGAUACAAAGAAUCACUCGGUUUACUGUAGUGAUGUGUGACAAUUACUUGAGGUAUUAACUACUGUAUUCUGUCUUAGUAAGACACGUUUUCUAAUUAUCAAACUUGACAAGAUGUAUGAGAAUUACAGUUUUCCUGGAUGUCCUCUUGGGCAGCUCCUUGAGAUUAAUUGUUAAACUCAGUGUUCUGGUUAAUUCUUUAAUGAUAAAAUCUGGCUGGUGAAUUGGUUAUAAUCAUUUGCAUAUCAUUGUUGAGUUAUCUCUUAACCUUAAUGAAAGUGGUUGUGGUGUGAGAUUAGAAGGUAGCACGUACCAUUGAUAAGAAAGCAACAUUACUUCAGUGAGUAGGAGAGUUUUUUCAGUCAUUUUACCCGAUAAAAAGAUCUUGGACCUUCUACUAAAGAGGGAGCAGGAUGACUGUCACAAAAGACUAUACUUCAUUCAAGGUCGUACACUAGUUGAAGGAUUGCUUUGUUUGUUGAUACUAAAAUUAUUAACAAUAUUUCAUUUUGUAUAUAUGAUGUUAUCACCUAACACAACACUAUUUGUGUUGAAGAUGUACGAAAUGAAAGGAAAGCUGUAUAUCAGAUUUCUUUCAGGAAUAAAUAUUUCUAUUGUGCUACUGAUGUCUAGGUAGUUGCCUUUUUUAUGGCAUUACUUCAAGAUUGGGUCCAUUUUUUUUUUUUUUACAUACAUUAGUUCUGUUUAUGAAUGCAAAAAAAUGAAAAAAAAAAAUUCAGAUAAGUAAUUAAACUUACUGAUCCAAUGCAGGCUUUUCUAGAAAUCAAGCAAAGGUAUUGUAAGUCGUAAAAGUGCUGUGAUGUAAGUUUCCUGUGGUAGGAGUAGGAAUUAGGUUUGGUUUUGAAAAUCUAAGGAUUAUCCUGCAGAUGUAGUGAAUGGGAUUCUCUAACUCCGGCCAUUGGUGUUGGUGCUCUUGUUUUUGGCUCUCCUUAAAAUUGUCUCCUGGCAUUGUUAUGCUAGUCUUAUUUUUACUUGUGUUUGGCAAAGAUUAUCCGAAGUGUUUAUACAUUCCAUGUUGAAAUAUUCUUAGAUUGACAAUGUUUAAUAAAGGAAAUCAUUGAAGGUUACACAAGUGAACUCUACAGCUCCUGGAACAUAUACAAAAGUAGAUGAUGAUGAAGUUAUUAAGUUAACGUUUUGUAGUACAUCCUAUUCUUUCUGUGAGUGCCUCUAUGAAAAAAAUUUACAUUCUUAUUCUUUCUGAUAGUGCUUCAUACAGAAUUUAAUGGUAUUUUCAAUGCUUCAUACAGAAUUUAAUGGUAUUUUCAAUGAAACCAGAAUGCAGGUUAUUAAGGGAAAAAGUUAAGAUUGCAAUGUUGUACAAGCAAGUCCAUUCAAGGUAAUUUUAUUUACAGAUUUUUUGUCCACACUUCUCAGUGACAAUGCAUUUUUAUUCCAUAAUAAUUGCACCUUGUUGAAGCAGAAGUGUAUACAUAUAAACUGUAUAUAAUUAUUUUUUCGUAAUAUUAAAUUUAAGGUGUAUCUGCUCAUAAGUUAUACAUCAGGACAACUUUUAGAGCCAAAUCAAUUUUCAGGUAAGUGGUAAAAACAUUCUUUGAUUUUAUAUUUCAAUUGACCCCAAGGAUUACAAGAGAGCAGUCAUCCAUCCCUAGUAUGUUUCCUUCUGAUAAACUUGGAGACGUUACAAAAGAAUAAUUUCAAGUCCAAUAAACAAUCACGUUUUUGUUUACUUUAUGAAAUUAUUAGGGUUUGCCAUAGUUUCCAAAAGAUUUUCCAUUUUGAUAUUUUGGUGUGAUCCUUUCAAAAUGUUGCAGUUUCCUUAGAGUAUACUGCUGUUCAAAUAUUCUUGGGGUCUUGACAUGUAAGACCAAAGCAGUUAGUGUUCAUUGUGUAUAUUUAUUUAUUUUUUCUCUUCUUAAAACUCUUCAAAUGAAAGGAAAUGUAAGUCAUGCUAAAGUGGGCUUGUGACUAAGUAAAGGCAAGUGUUAAAAAGUAUUAGCAAAUGAGUGAUUGUUGCAGAACUCUUGUUAGCGAAUGAUUGUGGAAAGAUAAGACACAAGGCAAACCACAUUUAUUCUCAAAGUAGUAAAAAAAAAAAUGGUUUAAUUUAUUGCAUUGAGGCCACAAAUUCAUUUAGAUUUCAGAACAAGAAGGCAUGGAAUGAGUCAUAAUUUGUAUGGCUACCUUUUAAUAUUUUAUAGUUUUCAGUAACUGGACUGGCAAAGGACCAUUAACUUAUUUAGGCUCUAAUCAUGUUUACAUUAUCUCCCUUUAUUUAAGUACUUUAUACCACUGAUGUGUUGUAUUCACUUUUUUUUUUUUUAAAGGUACCUGACAUUAGAAUACUUACUUGUGUAUGAUUUAGAAUUGUUAUUCUUCAGAAAUAUUACCUUUGUUAAUAUGAAGAUAGUAUUGGUAAAAAAAUUAGAAAAUUUUAUGUAUGCAUCAUUGCCAGAAAUCCAUCAUCUCUGUAGGUAGUCAAGGGGAGAUAGUGAUGACUUUUGUUUGUUUUUGAUACUUUGAAAAUUUGAAUGAGUGUAUUUCUGUCUUGAAUUGGUGUAAAAUGACAAUAUACAUCUUAGACUACUGUACAGUAGUAGUAAUUCAAGGUUAAUAGAACACCCGAGACAACUGCAUGUCUAAUGUAAAACACAUCUUUACUGUUUUCUUCUGAGAUUUGUGUUUCCCUGAAAUGCAUUUUGCAUUAGCAUGUACUUUUGACAGAAGUAUUUUGAUGUGGAUUCUGUUCAUUGUUUAUGAAUAAUGAAUAAGUGUUUGAUAUUUCAGCAGCUUUUGUAAAGAUGUACAUCAGUAUAACUCGGUUGUGCAGGUGGUACUUCUUAAUGCUUGAGAAUAGAAUGCAUAGGCGCUCCAUGUAAGGCAUACAUACCAGUGUAAAAUUGAUUUCUAGUUGUGAAUAUGCACAAGUUGACAGAUUUCACCAAGGGAACCAUGACACUUUCCCAAUUAAUUGCUCAGGAGUGUGAGUUAAUGAUAAGUGUAUGUGUGCCUUUGUAGUUUAAGUAGUUUCAGAAAGUGAAAAUUUGUGUAUGAUCUUCCAGUACACAGUUUUACAUAUGUAUGCUUAUUUCUUUAGAAAAAGGUUACGAGGCCUUUCUACAUACUUUGGUACGUACUGAUGUACAUGAAAAUUACAACAGAAGUAAAAAAUUGUAACAAUAAUGAAGCUUAGGUAGGUGAGGUUAAAAUCUGAUCUGUUAAAAAUGACCAAAAUUAAUCAAAAACUGAACAGGUGGCCGUAAUCCAAAUCCUUUAACUGAGUGUUAUGCCUUUUUUCCCUUCACUUCUCAGUCAGGUCACAAGGUUCACAAUAACUUAAUUUUUCUUGUCUGUAAUGUACAAUAUAAUAGUAAUAGUUUUGACUCAUGUCUAGCUGUCUUGUUAUAAUGCUCUUUCUUGCUGUCAUAGUCUCAAGGCUUUUUCAGCAUAUUGCUCAGUACCCAGGUCGUCUUUGUAAUAAUUUUGCUUUCUUUUUAUUACCUCAUUUUUGUAAUACUGUCAGAUUGUUCAAGUGAAAUAAAACUUUUUUUUAAUGGGUUUUAAAUUGUAUGUGGAGAUAUAAUUACAAUUUUAAUCUUUGUGCUAAAAUGUCAGUGCUUAGGAAUACAGUAUUAAAUGUAAACACAAGCAAAACUACAGUCUUUAUCACAAAAAUUGGGAGUUGAGUUAUUGAUCUAAGAAAUUGAUCGUUUAAGACAUUGAUCUCAAAAUUGAUUCUCAAAAAUGUUUUUAAAGCAAAAGCAGUUAUGUUCGUUCACAUUUAGUAGAGUUUUGCAAGUUUUUAGCACAUAGCUAGUGUAGGUCUAGAUUUAAUUGUAUAGUAUGUGCAUGUCGAUUUAAUAGCAGUUUCAUGCAGAUGAUAGCAACUAAGAGGUUGAGUUUCACGACCUAAUUAUUUUUAUAAGUGGUGCAAUUCUUAUGGACACAUUUUCAUCAGUAUUACAUAAGUUUUAUUGUACCAAAUUUUAUAUUUGCAGCAUCGCUGAUUCAGGGUCUUAAUUUAUUAUUGAUUUUUUGUAAUAUUUUUCUUUGCACCAAAUUUCAACAAGUAUUUUAGAUAUAAGGCUAUGUGAGUAAAGGUACUCAAUCAUUAUUUCCUUUGAGUAGAAAAAAGGUAAUCCAAAUAUACUUUACACUUAUUGAUAUCAA